AUGGCUAGCAAAUACGAAUCAUAAUCACAAUUCAAUCUUUAAUCCUCAGCUGGUUUCUAGGCUUCUCAGAUGCCCAUCAAAAGCAAAAUCUUAACCAUAGAUGGCCAUGUGAAAGACUUCAAUAAGAACCUUAAUGAGAACAAAAAGGAGGCAUAGUUGCUGAGAAGUGAAUGCGCAACCUUUGAACAUCACGCUACAGAAAACACUAAUGAUAUUUUGAAGGAAAUCCUUGAAGAUAUUGCCAAUCUUGAGAAAGAUUUUAGGAAGUUACAAUAGCUCGACAUAAACGAAAUGAAUUUCCUCAAGUAGCAAUAAAACUAACUUUAGCAAGAGAAAAUGAAACUGUAGUAGGCAUGUGUGCUUCUUGAAAAUAGAAUCGCUAACGUUGAAGGAGAUGUUGGCUAUGAAUAGUGA